GAGAGAGAGAGAGAGAGAGAGAGAAGGUGAAGAAAAGAGGAAAAUAGCUUAAACUCUAUACUGAUGAUUUGCUUAUCUCUUGCUAUGAACUGAUCCUUUCUAUAUUAUCAAAUAAAUCCUGAUUUUAUCUUUUACAUAGAAUUGACUUUCAGAGUUAAAUAUGAAAUCUGCAAAAUUCUCUAUGACCUUGAUAAAAUACUAACUACUAAUAUCUAAUUACAGCAAAAAAAGUGCGUAUCCAGCAACAAUUUCUCAAUACAGAAAUACAAUUAUGUUGUUUAUACACUGUAAUACAGUCUGUAUAUACUGUAUACUGUAUACUGAAUGCAGGAGAUGUUUUAAAAUAAUUUGCUGUAUACGCAAGAAAAUAUAUUAAUGCUAAAAAUAGCUGCAGUGUUUACUAAACAUGUUCAAUAAUUGUUAAAUCCGAAUUAUGAAUAAGAUAUCGUAGGUUUAUUAUACAUUAAGGUGAAUGAAAGCUGUAGAAUAUAAAAAAUGCUUGUAUCGUUACACAAAGUAAGCGAGCUUAUUUUAAGGUUAAGGCAAAUGUAAGACUUUAUGACAGGUAAUAAAGUGUAGUUUAAUUCAUGGGAAUAUUGACUCAGUUGUGUUAUUGAUGGGAGGUGCUAAUUGCUCUUUUGUUAAUUAUUUAAUUUGUAAGUAAUCGAAAUAUUUCACCGAGAAUUCUGCGUUGAGAGAGAGAGAGAGAGAGAGAGGGAGGGGAGGGGAAGGGGGGAGGAGAGAGAGAAAAUUAAGAACGAAGAACAAAAAAAAGAAAAAGCUCACUUUUUUACCGAAUACCUAGGUAGUUUUCUAACUUUCUAGCUUUCUAUCUAACUAAUCUCGUUUACCAAUCAACGUCCAGUUUGACUUUUAUCAAGUGCAGAUGUUGAGAAAGAAAGAGAGAAGGAAGAAAAUCGGAUGCGUGUAAGCCUACAGAUUGCGGAUAGACGCCUGUGGAAAAGGUCGGCAAGAUAAUAUUGGCAAUAUCUCUGGCACUACUAAAUUGAUAAAAAGCCAUGGUAUUUAGAGUAGGAAACGCAUUUUCUCUUAUUUCCGAAGUACUAUACACUUUUGCAAGUUUUUUGUAUGGCUUGUUUCAUUCUCUCAAUAUGUUUAAUGCUUAUUGUUGUCUGUCACGUGCUAAGUGAAUUGGUCGUCUCUUCACAUACUAUUUAUACGCUUUCGAUGCUGUCUCGUAUACUGGAAGCUUAUACUCUCUUCAGUUAGAGCUUUUUUUUAUCUUAACAAUAUGUAAUAUUGGUAAAGAUGACUGAAAUGAAAGGCAAACUAUAAGGUUUCCUGUAUGGUGCUAGACGCAAUUGAUACUAUUGAAGUUUGUUCUUUUCACACAUUUAAGACUUAAAUAAGACGUUGUUGAUAAAUGAGGAGAAACGGGAAUUUUACAUGUCUGGCUGUCUUAAAGGCCUAUUACGUUCCAACUGUAAAAUCGUUCAAUUUUCUUUCAUGCGUGUCAUUAGGCAGCAAUCUCGGCGAUAAAUUGCUUUUGUUAUUGGAUUUUCCCCUCACGGUGUGAUUUAUAAUAAAGUGUAGGACGAUAGAGGCAAGAUGAAAAAUCAUAAAGGAUAAUAAAUGUUGAAUAAAUUAUGUAAAUUAAGGUAGAAGAAUUAAUUUUGUUUUCUUACACAUAUAUUUUACUUACACUAUCUAGUUUAUUUCAUAAAUUAGGUUAGGAGUUUUCUCUCAGGGAAAGAAACUCCAUUGAUGGAAUGAGCGAGAGAUAAAUUAAGAAGAGCGUAGACUGUAUAUUAAAUAUAAACAAAUAUUAAUAUUAAUGUAUCUAUAGCAUUGACUGUAACUAAUGGGCAAAACCAGGCAUUAUUAUAAACUAAGACAUUUUCAUCUUGGGUUUAUUCCAAUAAGUCUUACGCACUCUUGAUAUUUCCGUUAGUUCAUUAAUAUUCAUAUAUCAUUCCUGUUGUUGUUAGAAAGUCAACGAGAAAAAGUAGAGUCAGCAAUCCUUUAAGGCGUCCAUAGCCAAAUCGAAAUCCCAUCGGUACCGCUUGUUUUUAGAGAGAUAAUGAAUGAUUUAUAACAAGCUGUUAUGCAAAUAAGAGUUAAAUGUCACUGCGGGUAUUACCCAAAGUUCUUGGUGUACUCAUUUUAUUUUUUAAAAUCCUCCUACGCUAUUUAUUAUUCCUACUACUUCAUUAUAGAUUCACUUUUGCAUCGUCUAAUUAUUCUAAUAUUUCAAAAACUAACAAAGCUAAAGAAAGAUAAUGAGAGAAAGUAGGAAAAGUAGAAAAAUGAUGGCACUAGACCGUAAAUUCGAUAUUUUAAAUCCGUAAAAGGAUCAGAGAAAAAGAAACACCUGUUACAAGCCUCUUGGCUAGAAUACUCCUUAAGCCCUUCUCUUGACAGAUAAGAAACUGAGAGCGUCAAUUUUUUUCUUUAAUAAAAAAUAUGAGAUUUUCUGCUGUUGUUAAUUUUUUAUCUCGUGUUAAUUCUCUAUUUUUAUUCUCUUACAACAGACUUUUUAGUUAGAGAAGGAGGAAUCACAGUUAAGGAUGACGCCACCUCUGGAACCUCAUCAAAAAUAGAUCGUCACAGAAUAGACAGCUAUUGCAAUUCACCGCAAGAGUUUAUUGCGCAAGAAGGAAUCACCCCUGGGCGUCUACUCCAAGUAAACGUUAUUCUUCGCCAUGGGAUUCGUAAUGUCUUUUCCAAAUCUAAAAAACUUCCGUUUCCUUCCAUCCCAUGCACACUCGACAACACAACACAGAUGGUGAAAAAACUAACGUCAAUGUAUAGGAAAUUAGACGCCGGAAGUUUACUGCGUAAAUUUGGUAUUAUGCCCAACAAAGAACUCUGUGCAAUCACGCAAUUGACGCCAGCGGGAUUUUUACAAACGAUACGAAUCGGAAAGCUUCUUCGUUCAAAAUAUUCAUCUUUUUUAUCAAAUAUUCGCAAACAAGACAUUUACGUAAGAACAACGGAGAGGUCACGGACAGUCCAGAGUGCUGUGGGCUUCUUAUAUGGCUUAUUAGACGAGGUAGAAUUACCUCCAUUCAAAGUCAGUGCUUCUACGAAUUUUUGCAGCACGAAAUGGACACUGAUAGAUAAAUGCUUCUGCAAGAAAAGGAAAGUUUUACAAAAAGCAUCGAAAUUAAACGAAACACUUCGCAACAUUCCGGAAAUAGUCGAUAACUUAAUGGCUCACAAAUGCAACGACGUCAAUUUCGAUCAUCCAGUUAGUGAGCGUUUAGCUGACGAGUAUUGGACGCUACUAGACGACACGGGCGCAGCGCAAUUGAAGAAUGAAGAAUUUUUUAAACUACACAAACUCCUGGCUCAUCCUUUUCUCUGCGAAUUGUCCCUUAGGAUGUUCAACGCUACAAAAGACUCUAAAUUAACGCCUAAAAUCGCCCUUUAUUCUGGUCACGACCUAACUAUAAAAUCUGUAUUGACUGCCUUAGGGCUUUUCGACGGACGUUGGCCGUCCUUUGCCGCCCGUGUCGUUUUUGAAUUGUACGAAACUCCAGAAGGACGCCAUCAAGUAAGAAUUUUAUACAAUGGGAUUGACAUUAGCGAUAAGGCGUUUUUCUGUCGACCAAACUGCUCACUGAAUAAUUUUGUCAAGUUUUGCAAAAUUGAUAAUCUUAAACAGUUCAGAAGUGCCAAAUCUUAUAGAGACGCUUGUGAUUCUUAG